AUGAAAUACAUCUUAAAAAGAAAGAAAGCGGAGGCUGAAAUUAUAGGUGGGUCGAAUGACGACCUGCUACUCAAGUUCACAGAACUGUUUCACAUUUUACUUCUGCAAGACACAAAUAAGGAAAUAAUGCCUGGAGUUGUUUCUCGACUCCUUGAGUUUCUUAAUAGAGAUGAUUACCAGCGUCUUCAGUGUGAGGCAGCACGGGUUUUAAAAGGAAUUUCAAAAUAUUCACCUGAUAACAUCAACAUGUUGAUUGAUCAUGGUGUGAUUCCCAUUCUGGCGAGCCUUCUUAGAUCUCCCAAGGAUGAUCUUCGCAAACAGGCAAUUGAGAUGUUAGGAAAUAUGGCCCUCAACUCACCACGAUCUCGUGAUCUUAUCCAUAGUCAUGGAGUGUUCAUCACCUUAAUGGCACUAGUUAAUGAUAAAACAGAACUAUCCAUCAUGAGAAGUGCCGUGAAGACAUUGUCAAUAUUUUGUGAUACACGGCCUCAGUUCGAGUUCGAGCUUGAGCAGGUGAAACCUGCCCUCCAUGCUCUUUUUCAUCUGAUUCAUACGGGCGAUGAAGAAGUCAUUGACCAUGCAUGCCACGUAAUAAAUUAUCUAAUUUCCAAGAGAAAGGAUAUUAUCCAAGCUGUGAUUGAUGCCGGUUUUUACCGUGUUUUGUUUGCCCUUUUUCAAUAUCCUUCACGAUCAGUGUUAUUUUAUGCCCUUCGCAUCGUUGCUAAUAUUAUUCAAUAUGGAGAUGAUAUCCUGGUUCAGGUGGGCACAUGUUUCAUCAUUGCAAAAAUCAUUACACGGACUAAGGAUAAUUUUCAGGUUGUGAUUGAUGCUGGAAUUGUUUCACCUCUUUUCCAACUGCUUCAAAAUGAUGUAUUUGAGAUACGAAAGGUAGCUGCUAGGGCUUUUUAUGAAGUCACGACUGCGGGAACUAAUGAGCAAAUUAAGUUCUUGAUGCACGAGGGUUGUAUAAAGCCACUUUGCGAUCUUCUAGUUAAUCCCAACGAAGUGUAUAUCACUGGAAUGUGCUUGGAAGGCCUUGGGAACAUUCUGGAGGUUGGAGAAGCUGAGAAGAACCAAGGUAACACCGAAGAUGUGAAUGUCUUUGCCAAGAUGAUUGAUGAUGCUGGGGGUCUUCAGAAGAUUAAGAACCUCCUGACUCAUGACGACAGUGGAAUAUGCGAAAUAGCCAUGAGGAUACUGGGAACUUAUUGGCAGGAAGAGGAUGAUGAACAGCUGAGAAAGGAAGUGGAGGCUGAAAUUAUAGGUGGGUCGAAUGACGACCAGCUACUCGAGUUCACAGAACUGGUUCACACUUUAUUUCGUAUAGACAGAAAUAAGGAAAUAAUGCCUGGAGUUGUUUCUCGACUCCUUGAGUUUCUUAAUAGAGAUGAUUACCCGCGUCUUCAGUGUGAGGCAGCACGGGCUUUAACAGGCAUUUCAAAAUAUUCACCCGACAACAUCAACAUGUUGAUUGAUCAUGGUGUGAUUCCCAUUUUGGCGAGCCUUCUUAGAUCUCCCAAGGACGAUCUUCGCAAACGGGCAAUUAAGAUGUUAGGAUAUAUGGCCUGCAACUCACCACGAUCUCGUGAUCUUAUCGAUAGUCAUGGAGUGUGCAUCACCUUAAUGGCACAAGUUAAUGAUAAAACAGAACUAUCCAUCGUGAGAAGUGCCUUGAAGACAUUGUCAAUAUUUUCUCUUACAGUAACACGGCCUCAGUUCGAGCUCGAUCAGGUGAAACCCGCCAUCCAUCUUCUUUCCCAUCUGAUUCAUACGGACGAUAAAGUAGGCAAUGUAUGCCACAUAUUAUAUUAUCUAAUUGACGAGAGAGAGGAUAUAAUCCAAGCUGUGAUUGAUGCCGGUGUUUUCCCUCGUUUGAUUGAGCUUUCACUAUAUCCUUCAAGAUAUGUUUUGAAUUAUGCCCUUCGCAUCGUUGCUAAUAUAAUUGUAUAUGGAGAUGAUAUCCUGAUUCAGGCAAUCAAAUGUCUACUGAGUUUCCUUGUCAAUGAUGGCAAAAAUGUACUGCUUCAUCCUUCAUGGUUCAGAUAUAUUCAUUUUGCAAAUAGUCUUGUUGCUUCUAUUGCUAAAUAA